AUGUCCUCCUCGAUUUCUUAUUCGCAUUCCAACGAGAUCAUCUUCUCCAUGUCGGCCACUGCCAACUAUGACAAGGUUUGUGAUGUUUAUAAGGGAUGUACAACCUUCAACUCUACUUUCAGACUUUCAUAGUAUUGUACAUUGUCGAAGGAUUGCUCAUCGUUCUAGCCAACCUGUUCCUGACCGUUCGCUUGUUCACUAAUCGACAUUUACGGUCGCAGAAAGAGUAUGUGCCAGCUUUUUUUCCAGCUGACUGUUGUCGUCUUCAAUUUCAGAUUCAUCAUAAUCGGAGCGUGUCUCUUCUUCGACGUAAUCUUCGGAAUGACCUACUUCAGUGCGGGUGUCUAUCGUGCCAUUCUCGUCAUUGUUUACGAUUGUACCACCCCUUGUAGCGUACUUGACGGCAUUUCGUACUAAUUCAGAUUUCCCGCUCGUCUCAAUGUGGGACUGUUUUCUGACAAUUCACAAUCAGCUCUUCAUCCUCAUCACGAUAAUGGCCGGAGUGGUGCUGCUUUUCACGGCCGUCGAUCGCUUCAUCUGCGUCUUUUUCCCGUUCCACUACAUCAAACUGCACGUGGAGUACGCGUACGUGCUCAUGUUCGCCCCCUACCUCAUCAUUAUUCCGUUAUGGAUUCCCGGAGCGAUCACGGCUCACGACAACAAUUCGGUUAAAAAUGUGAGAGUUUGGCGCGGACUUCUUCCGCUAGUUAGGCUCCAUUUGAAGGGAAAGAUCAGAGUCCUCGAAAAUGUUUGGUGACAUCUUCAUCAGGCUUGGGCCAAAGAAACGAAAACGUUUCGGAGAAUCGGAUAUUCAUCGUUCUCCGAAAUGUUUUUCCAGAGAAUCGGCUAUCCGAUUUUGACGAAUUAAUGGUGAUGUCCAACGUGACAUACAACAUAUUUUUAAAAUAAGCUUCGAAGCGGAGCUUUCACUUUCCCAAAGUCCCGAAUAACGAAAAAGAAUUCCCCGAUUUUAAAGAUUUUUUUCAAAAAAGUUAAUGGCACCGAGAGAAGCACACGGCGAAAUGGAAGAACUGGCCUAGAUUUUUCUAGUCCCCGGAUAGAAUUCCCCUUUCUUCCGAUUUUUUUUCCGUUUUUGUGCAAUUUUCUUAAAUUUUCGAUCGUUUUUUCACCGAACACACUUAUUUGCAAUGUUUAAAAAAAUUUAUGAUUUUUUUCGGUGCCGUGACGCCAAAAAAAGUCGAUAAUAUGAAACUUUCAAAAAAUUUUUUUUUAAAUAUUGCAAAUAAGUGUGUUCAGUGAAAAAACGAUUGAAAAUUUAAGAAAAUUGCACGAAAACGGAAAAAAAUCGGAAGAAAGGGGAAUUCCAUCCGGGGACUAUAAAAAUCUAGGGCAGCUCUUCCACUUCGCCGUGUACUUCUCUCGGUACCAUUAACUUUUUUGAAAAAAUCUUAAAAAUCGGGGAAUCUUUUUCGUAAUUCGGGACUUUGGGAAAGUGAAUGCCCCACUUCGAAGUUUAUUUUAAAAAUAUGUUGUAUGUCACGUUGGACACCACCUUUAAGAUAGCCAAACAUAAAAGCAACCAGUCUCACUUGCAGUUCACCAUGAACUGUCUCAUGAAUCAAGCGAUCACCGUAUACUACUACGUCACCUACCGUACGAUCCGAAUCGCGUGUACGAUCGCUUGCAUCUUCAUCUAUAUGCCAAUUUUUGUGAAAAUGUGUGUGGUAAGAUUCUAUUUUGAUUUUUCCAAAGCCCUCUUAAGUGUACAGCGAACUCAGAGCAUCUACAAUCACACCAAAAUUGCGCCGGGCUCCACGAAGAACGCAAAACGGUUGUUGAGCAUGACGAAGACGGUCGCGCUGAUAACUGGCAGUACAAUUUGUCUGUUCACGGUGCCCGAUGUGAUCACCUACUUUUCUCCGUUCAUCAGCUCGAACGUCUUGUAUUUGAUGAACUUGAACAAGGUUUGUUUGGUUUGGGACACAGACUCGAGCUGUCACUUCUCACAGGCUCAUUGCAUAAACUUUACUUGUCAGGGCAUCAUAAACCUGCUAAUCUUCCUGUCCACCCAAAAGUGUUUGCGCGAUUUGAUGUUCCCUCGAUCGGCGAGAAAGGUAUGCACGUGUUCGCGUACGCCCCACCCAGGUCUACCAGUUUCAGACGUCAGCUAUGCUUCCCUCACGAUCCAGAACCAAUCACACUCUAGUGAUACAGUACUAAUUGAUAUGCAAUGUUGAAAAUGAAUGGAGCGCUUAUUUGAAAGAUUCCUAGAAUAUGAAGGCUUCUUACACCGUCACUCGAAUGAAUAAUGCAACGAUCGUCUGAAGAUGAUCUUCGGCUUGCUUUCGGUUUCUCACGUUCCAUCCGCUAAUUUCCCCCGAGCUCCGGCUAUUUUCUGAUCAAAGUCAGCCAUUUUUGAGUGUCACGUAGCGAUGCUCGUCGUCAAGCCGAGUCACUUUAGAGCGUUGAACUUGAUUCGCCCCAUUAGGCCAAAGUGCUUCUUAACCUGAUUACCCUCGUGUGCUCUCUUUUCGCGCGCCCCCUCCCGUUUUCCCACUGAUUCAUUCAGAAUGUCUUCUGCCGUGCCGAUAGCCGAUUGUUCCCAAAUGGAGGCGUUUGCCACGUCACAAGUGCUCCGACUCUCGCUGUCGGUCAACCUCAUCAUUUCGAUCGUCGCUAUUCCGGUGCUCGGCAAGAGCAUUCAUUUCAUCGCUAGCCGCGACGUGUUCCACAUCAACACACGUCUUCAGAUUCUCGUUCAUCUCCUCGCCCUUCUCAUUCAUUCCGUCGGAAGAGUGGGCCUCCAUUCGAUGGAUCUCUUCAACUACCAGCGCUAUCAUGACAGCGCCUGUGACAUCAUUCCGAACUUUUACAGGUACCGUAUCCUCUUGAAAACGUCUCUGAGAUGUCUUCAGAUGCUUCGUCUUCCGCGGCUUCUACAACGCCGGUCUCGCCCUCUCCUCGAUGUGCUCCACUGCUCUUGUGCUCGAACGAAUCGCCGCGUUCCGUUACUCGCAAUCCUACGAGCACUGUCAGGCUGGAUUCGGAGUGCUUCUCGCGUUCCUUCAGUUCUUCCUGGCCGCCUGUUACCUCUUCAGCAUGUACUUCCACGCCGCGUUCGUCCCUGGCAACUUCACUCUCUACUACUGUCAGACGAUGGCUUCGUCCUCCGGAUCCAUCUGGAUCGUGAUCGGACGGCUCUAUGCUGUGAUGAUCGCGCAAAUCAUCGCAAGAAUCAUAUUCUACGUGUUGCUGCGGAAGAACAAAGUGAGUGAGACUUUGCGUUUCAUAUCAAUAGUUUCUUCAGAACUUGCGCUCCAACGUCUCGCUGACUCUAUCGAAUCGGUUCAAUCUGGACCAGAGCCUCCGGUCGCUUCGUGCUCUAAAACUGCUUGUCAACUGCAACUUCAUCGUCUUCAUCCUCCUUUCGAUCUUCGCGACUACUCUGCAUUUCAACUCAGACCAACUCACCAAACCGCAUUAUAUGGCUCUUGUCGAAGGUGAGCGUUAAAGCAAAAGGAGAAAGUAGACGGCUCUUUUGAGCAGAAAACUGAAAAUUAGUGAAGAAUAUAACAUUUUGGAACUAGUCUAAAGCUGGCACCCCAAUAUUCAAAGCAACAUAUGUCAGCUGGCGGAAGAGAUAUCAUAUGGGGCUAUUCAGCGUAUGUUUGUUUUCCGUUUUUUUCGUUUUUUUACAUCGCUGAAUUGGAUUUUUUGACGUAAAAAAACGAAAAAAAAUGAAAACAAUCAUUUUUUUCACAGCCUGAAUAACCCCAAUAAAGUUGUCAACUAUAAAUUGUUUAUGGGGCUAUUCAGCGGAUGAAAAAAUGAUUGUUUUCCGUUUUUUUUCCCCUAUUCAGCGAUGUCAAAAAAUGAGAAAAAAAACGGAAAGAAAAGCAUCGCUCGCAGCUUUUUUUUCCGGCGGGUCUCGCAGCGAUUUCCCGGCUACUGUGAGAGACGUUUUAUGAGUGGAUUUACGAAAAGGGGGAAUUUUUUUUCUAAUUUUUCAGCGAAAUUGCCACGUUUUCCCGCUAUUUUCAACCGAUUUUCAACGGAAUUUCAGUUCUUAUUUAUCUGUUAUGGUAAAUGAUGCGAAAUUGCCACGUUUUCCCGCAAUUUCAACCGAUUUUCAACGGAAUUUCAGUUCUUAUUUAUCUGUUAUGGUAAAUGAUGCGAAAUUGCCACGUUUACCGCUAUUUCCGACCGAUUUCGCUUGAAUUCUUUUUUUUUUGUUGGAUAGUUUCGAGUGCCUCGUCAUAUCGUUCAAAACAUUGAGCUUUUCGGUGAAAAUCGGUUCAAAAUAGCGGGAAAACGUGGCAAUUUCGCUGAAAAAUUAGAAAAUUUUUCGUAAAUCCACUCAUAAAACGUCUCUCACAGUAGCCGCAUGCGUCGCGUCCAAGGGAAAUCGCUGCGAGACCCGCCGGAAAAAAACGCUGCGAGCGAUGCAUUUCUUUCCGUUUUUUUUUCCAUUUUUUGACAUCGCUGAAUAGGGGAAAAAAAACGGAAAACAUUCAUUUUUUCAUCUCCUGAAUAGCCCCAUUAGAAAGAAAUUGUGUACAUUUUAGCAAUUGCCAACUUUUUGAUAUCUUGACAGGCUGCAGAGAUAAAUAGUCUUGAAAGCCGUCUAAUUUCAGCCGUCCACAUCCUUCCAUUGUACGGCAUCGCUGUUUCAAUUGCCGUCUACUCGAAACUGCAAUCGGUAAGUUGGUCCCUAAAACUAGCAAAUUCUUUCAUUUGCUUCUUUUUUCAGCUCACCACAACACAAAGCCGAGCUCUGGUUAAGGCGAUACACACAAAGAGCGACUCGUAUUUCGAUCAACUUCGGAAACAGAUGGAAUGA